AAUAAAGUGUGUUUGAAAAAUAGGCGCGCGUAAUUUUUCUUUUUCACAUUUGAUUAAAGUUUUAUCAAUGUCUAUUUUUAUGCAAAUGUGAUUCCAAGAAAAUGGGAUCAUAUAAAAUUCGUCGUUUGCAUUUACCAGAAAAUAUUGCGGGAAUAUUAGAAAAGAAUAAUUUAAAUACGUGCAAGGAUGUGCUAUCUCUUAGCAAGUUAGAGUUGCAGUCACUGUUAGGAAUUAAUCGAAAUAAAAUAGAAAAUUUGUUACAAGAAAUAUCUAAAAAAUGUAUUACAGAUCCUCAAACUGUUUAUAAUAUUAUUAAAAACCAAGAGUUAGCAUCAACUAAUGUUUACUUGCCAUUAUCGUUGCCUUCUCUUGAUCUAUUACUUCAAGGUGGUUUACCAUUUGGUAGCUUAACUGAGUUUACAGGCCCACCUGGAGUAGGAAAAACUCAGUUUUGUUUCAUGUUGAGCUUACUUGCUGCCCUGCCUUCUCCCUUGGGCUUAGAAGGAAAUGUUAUUUAUAUUGAUACUGAAUCAGCCUUUUGUGCUCAAAGGAUUCGAAGUAUUGCUUUGAAGAGAUUUCCUCAAAUAAUUAGAAAAGAUAAUGAUGUUAUUCCAUUCUUGCAAAGAAUUUUAGUGCAUAAAGUCAAUUCAGUUAUUGGAUUAAAAGAAGUUGUUCUUCAACUGGAAAAAGAAAUCAUCAGAAAGCAAGUUAAAAUAGUAAUUGUGGAUUCUAUUGCAUCAUUGAUAAGAAAAGAAUUUGGAACUGAUGACAUUAGCAGCAUAAUGGAAAGAAAUAAAAUCCUGGUGGAGCAAGCAGCUAUUCUAAAAGAUUUAGCUCAAACAUACAAUAUAGUAGUAUUCCUUACAAAUCAAAUUGUAUCUCAUCUCAUUGAGAUCAAUUCUAUUCUUCCAGAUGAUUCUGUUGAUGAUGAAGAUAAUAUUGACUGUAAUCUUCAAGUUUUAGGUAGUACAGUCCCACCUGCUCCAGUUCAGAAGAAGCCGAAAUUUCAAGGGGUGGAUGCAGAUCACGUGAUUCCCGCCUUAGGAAAUACGUGGUCUCAUUGUGUGAACACUCGCCUUGUCGCCCAGUUCCUGGAUUCAACUGUUCGCCAGCUAACCAUUGUGAAAUCUCCUCUGGCACCCAAUGCUGCUGUACGAUACAUCAUAAACGAAUCGGGGAUUGUCUUAACUGAUGAUGACAUUGAAUUUGUAAAUGUAUUGAAGAAUGAUCACCAAAACAUUCUGACAAAAAAUAACUUCCUCACGACAGAAAUGACUGGAACAGGAGUUGUUUUCACUGCUCCUUCAACUAAAAAUAAUCUGUGAUUAUCUUUUGGUACCGCUUCUUGAAAAAUUAUCGGUGAAAAUAAUGUUUAACAUUUGUAUAUAUAUUUAUA